AUAAAUACCAGCCAAUGGGAGGCCAGUUCCUGCUGUAUAUAAAACUGGUGAGGCUGUGGGGGUGAGACUCCACUUCAUAUAGGUCUCCCUGUGACAGCUUUGGGGGUGUAAGAGCAAGAACAAGGGCGGUUUCCUUUUCUGUGGUACCCGCACCUUGCAGUCAGGCGUCAGUCAUGCCAUUCUCAAACAGCCACAACCUCCUGAAGAUGAAGUACUCUGCUACGGAUGAGUUCCCAGACCUGAGUGUUCACAACAAUCACAUGGCCAAGGUGCUGACCCUGGACCUGUACAAGAAGUUGAGGGACAAACAGACUUCCAGUGGAUUUACCCUGGAUGAUGUCAUUCAAACUGGGGUUGACAACCCAGGCCAUCCCUUCAUUAUGACAGUAGGCUGUGUAGCUGGUGAUGAAGAAUCUUAUGAAGUGUUUAAGGAUCUCCUUGACCCAAUUAUCAAGGACCGACAUGGAGGCUACAAACCAAGUGACCAGCACAAGACUGAUUUGAAUCCUGAUCACCUACAGGGUGGUGAUGACUUGGACCCCAGCUAUGUGCUAAGUUCCCGUGUCAGAACUGGUAGGAGCAUCCGUGGAUUCUGUCUUCCCCCUCAUUGUAGCAGAGGAGAGAGACGGGCUAUCGAGAAGCUUUCUGUUGAAGCCCUGGCUAGCCUGGAAGGUGACCUUAAUGGAAAGUACUAUGCUUUGAAAAACAUGACUGAUGCAGAGCAGCAGCAGCUGAUCGAUGAUCACUUCCUAUUUGAUAAACCAGUUUCUCCUCUCCUGUUGGCUUCUGGAAUGGCACGAGACUGGCCUGAUGGCAGAGGCAUUUGGCACAAUGACAACAAGACCUUCCUUGUCUGGAUCAAUGAGGAAGAUCACCUUAGAGUUAUUUCCAUGCAGAAAGGUGGCAACAUGAAGGAAGUGUUCACCCGCUUCUGUACUGGGCUAACACAGAUUGAAACUCUCUUCAAGACCAAAAACUAUGAGUUCAUGUGGAAUCCACACCUUGGCUACAUCCUGACCUGCCCAUCCAACCUUGGGACAGGUCUCCGGGGUGGUGUACACAUCAAACUACCUAACCUUGGCAAGCAUGAGAAGUUUGGAGAAAUCCUCAAGAGGCUGAGGCUGCAGAAGCGAGGCACUGGGGGUGUGGAUACUGCUGCUGUUGGAGGAGUGUUUGAUGUCUCCAAUGCUGACCGGCUAGGCUUCUCUGAGGUAGAGCUGGUGCAGAUGGUGGUUGAUGGUGUGAAGCUACUGAUUGAAAUGGAAAAACGCCUUGAAAAAGGCCAGUCCAUUGAUGACCUCAUACCAGCUCAGAAAUGAAAGCACUUUAAUUCCAUGCUUCCUAACUUAUUGGAUGAAUAAUAAACAUCACUCCAAUCAAAGUCCUGGGGUGUCAAACCCACUAGUAACACUGUAGAACAGUCUUCCAUCCAUCUGUGUUAGAGUUUAUUUUUUUGAUGGCUGAGAUGUUGCUGAAAAAACUGAAAUAAACUAUUGUUUUGGCCUGAUAAA